GUUCACAGCCGGGAUCGCGUCCCAUAGCCUCGCGGUCUAGCUCCAGAGCUUUCGCAGCCCGCGGGCCCACCGCCUGAGCGCCUUAAGCUCUUCAGCCCCGGACCGGGGAGACCCUAGAACAAGACCAGAGAGAGCGUUGCUGCGCACAGGAGCCCCACCUUUCUGCUGCUGAUUUCACCAGAGCACUUUCAACUCUUUUGGGACAAACUGAUCUUUGUUAUCUCAGCCCUCUGACUUCAUUGAUCAUUAAUCCAUUCCUUGGGCCAACUUCGGCCACGCCCCACACCCUUGUCUUAGCCCUUGGGCAAGGUUUGGGUGUCUGAAAACCCCCCUGGGUGUCCCUGGCUGAGGUGGUGAGAGGAGGCAGCCGGAGGCCGUGGUCCCCAAGGGUGCGCUGUCCCCAGUCCCCGCAGCCAGGCCUGGGCGCUGAGAUCGCCAUGUCCACCAAGGUGCCCAUCUAUCUGAAGCGUGGGAGCCGCAAGGGCAAGAAGGAGAAGUUGCGGGACCUGCUGUCCUCGGACAUGAUCAGCCCGCCGCUGGGGGACUUCCGACACACCAUUCAUAUCGGCAGUGGCGGUGGCAGCGACAUGUUUGGUGACAUCUCCUUCCUGCAGGGCAAGUUCCACCUCCUGCCAGGGACGGCAGUCGAGGGACCCGAGGAGGACGGCACCUUGGACCUCCCCUUCCAGUUCACCCGCACCGCCACACUGUGUGAGCGGGAGCUCCCGCAGGGGCCAUCCCCUCUGCUCAAGAACGCCAUCUCCCUCCCUGUCAUCGGUGGGCCCCAGGCCCUCACCCUGCCCACAACCCAGGCCCCACCCAAACCCCCUCGCCUGCACCUGGAGACCCCACAGCCUUCCCCACAGCCUUCCCCGCAGGAGGCAGGGAGUGUGGACAUCUGGAGAAUUCCGGAGGCUGGCUCUGCCCCCAAUGGGCUGACCCCCGAGUCAGGGGCCGAGGAGCCCUUCCUGUCCCAUGCCAGCUCCCUGCUCUCCCUGCACGUGGACCUGGGGCCUUCCAUCCUGGAUGAGGUCCUCCAGAUCAUGGACCAGGACCUGGGCCACAUGCAGAUCCCCACAUAGGACCGCGGCUGGCCAGGCCGGGUGCUCAGGAUGGAGUGAAUGCUGGAGGCAGGGGGUGGAUGGAGCCCUGGCCUAGACGUCGGGAUCCCCAGGUCCCACUGUGUGGUCGCCCGCCAGUGAUUUCUUUUCUUUGAGCCUUUGUUUCCCUCCCUCCUGCCCUCCCCCCGUGGGCAGAGUGUGCCUCAUUUGCUUUCCCCUAAAACUCACCGAGGACACGUGCGGAAGCCAGCCCAAGUGCCCUGAGCACCCCGGGCCACCUGGGCCCCCACCACCAACUGCUCCUCCUUCCCUCAGAUCCCUUGGACGAAAGCUCCCCUGAAAUGGAGCCCCCUUGUCACCUCCCUCCUGCCUCAGCCCCAUGGGAUGCCCCGAUUGGGGGCGGGGGAAGAGGCAGGGCACAGCCAGCCAGAACUUUGGCUUCGUUGUCCUGGACUAGGAACGCGGCGUCGGUGACCGAACGUCCCUCAGUCCCAUCCUCUCUCACAUGACCAGGAGAUUCUGGUCGCAAUAAAACUUGCUGCUGCUGGUAAUUGUGCUCCCGGCACCCUUGACCCAGGUUUCCUCCUGAAGGCAGAAGAGCCUCCACGACCUGGGCCGACCGUGGGGGAGACCCCAUUCCCAGAAGGCUUUGCGCAGGGCGGGCCCUGCCCUUUGGAAGCCUCCACCUGAUUCCAAGCCCAUAGUGAGAAAGAAGCAGGAAGGAACCGAAUGCCGUCUAGGGUGACUGCAGUAUUGCUUCAGGUGUUUAACACGAGGGGGAGACCCCAACAGGGAAAGAAUAACCCCAAGGCCUAGCGCAAGGGACCAGCGGCUUCUCCAGCUUCUGAAGACUAAGGGAGCACGCAGGCAGGAAUGGCCAGGCCUGGGGCUGGGAGGGAUCCAGCAAGUGCCAGUCACCAGGUUCGCCAGCACUUACCUACAGGGCACCCAGGCGUGCUCUGCGUGCUGGGGAUAUCAGACAGACACGAUCCCUACUCUCCUGUAGCUUAUAGUCUAGUGGGAAAAGGACACCGACUUUGUAAGCAGGUAGAGUGAUUUCCAGCUGUGUUGAAUACUAUGAAAAAAACAUGAUCGCGCAUGCUGGGACAGGGGUGCAACUGGUGUCAGGGCCCAUUAGGCUAGAUGUGCUUCUGAGCCAGACCUGAGGGCUAAGAUCUGCUCAUGCAUGAGCAAAAGGCGCUGAGGCACCAGAGGAGCGCCGUGGGGUGAUAGGAGCCUAGAUCUCAGAGUCUGACCUAGCCUAUGUGAGAUAGUUUUCCCAUCUCUAAAAGGGAGUCAAUGGUACCGACCUUGCAGGGUUGUGGGGGGAAAUUAGGGGUAACAUUUAUGAAUUGCCGCACGGAAGGUAUGCAAAAAUGGCUAUGGACAUAAAGGAACUCGGAGCUCGGGAACAUGAGGACUGUGAAGCAGGAAAAGCAGGUUGGAGUCAGCUGGGAACAGCGUCGCCUUCAAGGCUGAGCAGAGGCAGUGGGGAGCUGCAGACGGACUUUAAGCAGGAGAGACAUGUGGUCAGAUCCAGGUUCUAGAAGGGUCACCACUGAGGCCAAUGUAAGAUGGAUCAAAGGUCAAAGCGGAGGAAGCCAGUGCAGGAUGAGGUGGACUGGACGGGACAGGGACAGUGGGGACGGAGUUGGGGACAGUGCUAAGGUGGGGCUUGGUGUCUGAUUGGUACAAACUACACGGGCAGCUGGACGCAAGUUCAAGCCUCAGUUUCCCCCUCUUCCAUUCUCUGCUAGUUCUUCUCCAUCCUUCUGACCCUCCGGAUCCCAGACUCCCACCUCACCCCCAGCCUCUCCUGCCUCCAAUCCCUGUGUCAGAUUUCAUCGCGGAGGCUGAAUCUGACCAGGAGGCAUUUUGCUUGGCCAUAGGGCUCUGUGUGUGUGGAGGAGGAGGUGAAAUAUAUACAACAUGAAAUGUACCAUUUUAACCAUUUGUAAGUGCGUAAUUCAGUGGCAUCAAGUACAUCCAUGUUAUUCUGCAAUCAUCACCACCAUCCAUUUCAGAACUUUUUUCAUCUUCCCAAAGUGGAACUCCGUACGCAUUAAUCGCUAACGCCCCAUUCUCCCUUCCCCCAGGCCCCAGCAACCACCAUCUACUUCCUGUCUCUGUGGACCUGGCUAUUCUCGGGACCUGAAAUAAGUGGGUUCACACAGUA